AUGGACGAGCGGGCGCGAAUCCCCGUAUCGCUUCCCCGCGACGACCCAACGCGCAGCUACUGGCAAGACCUGCCUGACGCAGCCGUUGCCGACCUGCGCACCACCGAGACGCUCCCCGAGUCGGCCGACGUCGUCAUCGUCGGCAGCGGCAUCACCGGCGCCGCCGCCGCGUGGGGGCUGCAGCAGAAUGAAGACCAGACGGGCAGGAGCAUAGUCAUGCUCGAGGCCCGACAGGCUUGCUCGGGCGCCACGGGCCGGAACGGCGGCCACACCAAAGCAGCCUCGUACCGGACGUUUGCGCACCACGUCUCGACGCUGGGCAGCACGGCAGCGGCAGCGCAGAUCGCGCGGCUGGAGCUGGCCAACAUCCGGGAGGUGCACGGGUUCGCGCGCUUGCACGGCAUCGACUGCGAUGCGGUCGCCUGCGACACGGUCGACAUCAUCUACGACGCCGCGCAGUGGGAGGCGGCGGUCGCGGCGGUCGCGGCCAUGCACGCCGCGCUGGGGCCCUACGACCCAGCAGCCGAGUACGAACUCGUAGCCGGGCCCGACGCCGUGCGCGCGCGCUUCCACUGCCACGCGACCACCUUCCGCGGCCGCCCCGACCCCGUCGCGGGCGCUGUCGUCUACCCGGCCGGCAGCCUAUCUGCGUACAAGUUCGGCGUCGGCGUGCUGAGGCUCUGCCUGGCGCGCGGCCUGAACCUGCAGACGCACACGCCGGCGCUAGCACUGCGGCGGGAGAAGGGCAGGGACGGAGCUUGGCUAGUGCAGACGCCGCGCGGGACCAUCGCCGCGCGCCGCGUCGUGCUGGCGACCAACGGCUACACCGCGCACCUCGUGCCCCGGCUGCAGGGUGUGGUGGUGCCGCUGCGCGGGCAGGUGACGGCGCAGCGGCCCGGGCGCUCCCUGCCCGCGGGCGGCUGCUUGCCAACUACGUACAGCUUCAUCUACGAGGGCGGCUACGAGUACAUGGUACCGCGGCCGCCGGGGUCGCGGUUUGCGGGGGAUAUCGUUAUGGGCGGUGGGUUGGUGCGCGGAGCGGCUGACGAGGGUCUGUACGAGUACGGAUCGACCGACGACACGGCGCUCAACCCCGACGUCAGCGCCUACCUGCGUGACACCACGCCCCGGUACUUUGGGCCCGACUGGGGCGAAGACGACCCGGCGGGUCGCGUCCGCGCUGAGUGGACGGGCAUCAUGGGGUUUACCCCGGACGGAUUCCCUCUUGUCGGCGAGAUGCCGCACGGCGGGGCCGACGACGACGGCGGCGGUCUCUGGACGGCCUCGGCGUUUCAAGGGCACGGCAUGGUGCUCUGCUGGAUGUGCGCUAGGGCGCUGGUGGAUAUGAUAGAGGGCCGCGACGCCAACAACGAGCUCGACAGCUGGUUCCCCCGGGCGUUUCGCAUAACCGAGGAGCGCCUGGCGAAGAGGUUCCAGGGCCGUGUGUCACAUAACAUCUCGGGACAGGAUCAAGGGGUGUCGACAGAAUAG